AUGGCCCAGGCAGAUGCCGCGUCCAAGGCUGGAGACCUGGAGCGCUGCCAGUUCUGGUUCCAGGAGUGCGACCGCAUGGGCUUCCCGGAGGAGCAGUGGCUGCCCUACCUGGGCAUCACUUUGAACGCCGCCGGCCCGGCAGAGCAGCUGCAACUGCGGGAGAUGCUGCAAGCCAGGGGUCUGCAGCUCACCGGUCGAGACUACACGCGCAUGAUCACGGCCCUGGCGCAGACCGGGGACACCGACGGCGCGGAGGAGGUGCUCAACGAGAUGCAGCGGGCGCGGCUGUCUCCGUACCUCCCGGCCUACACCUCAGUGCUGGAGGCCUAUGCCAAGCUUGGCGACCUGCCUGGCGCGGAGCGCGCCUUCCGAGGUUCAAUUGACGCUGGCCUGACGCCUGACGUGGUCGCUUAUGGGGCUGUCAUGAGUGCAUGCGCCCGGGCUCGCGAGAGCAGUCGCGCUGUCGACUGGAUGGAAGAGGCGAGUGCGGCUGGUUUGACACCCAAUCUGAUCAUGUACAACACCGUCUUGGAUGCCUUGGUGAAGAUGGGCCAAGCAGACAAAGCAGAAGGUUUGCUCGAAGAGAUGGAGAGGCAGCGUGUGAGCUGCGAUGUGGUGAGCUAUACCAGCCUCAUGUCUGCUGACCCGGCACGCUCGCAGCGGUUACUGGAGGAGAUGCGCGAGAAAGGCCUGUCGCCUGAUCAGUGCUCCUACGAAGCCUGGCUGAAUGCUGACAAGUCUUCUUCUUCUUUCGGCUGUCCGGUUUGGGCCACAAAGCGGAAGGUGAGGAUCUUCAUCUACGAUCUGCCCGACAUCUUCCACAAAGAGUGGCACUCCUAUUUGGAGCUCAUGGCCAGGAACGCCGGCAGCAACUGUGACUGGAUGCUAUCACACUGCACGGAGACCUCCAGUGCCGGAAAGUUCUCCAUUUACCGGCAGCUGGGGCAAGAGGUGAUCAUUCUCCGCAAGCUCCUUGCUGGCCCAACCGUACCUCCAGAGGAGGCAGACAUUUUUGUGGUCCCUGCCUUGAUCGGCUCAGCGUGCUUCUCCGGCCUCUACAGCAGCCGAUGCAGUGGCCCGGCGGACGGCUUCCCAACCGACCUGCACAGUCGGCUGCCGUACUACAACUCGGUCACCAGGCAUCGGCAUUUGUUCCUGGCCUCUUUGGACAAGCGAAACCUGCCCUUAUCCGUGCAAGCACAGACUCUGCUGGUCUCCAUGGGUGCCUCCUAUGGCUCGGUGGGGCACUUCGUGGUGCCCUUGGCGGUCACGGACCAGGAGCCGCCGCCCAAGCCGCGGACCACCCUGGUGUAUUUGGCCAUGGUGCCCAACAACCACUUCCGCCAGCUUAUCUACAGCCAGUUGGAGGCCUUAAGCCAGGCAGAGCUCCUGAAUUUGAACAGGUCGAGGACAGAGCUCCACAAUAUUCCGACCUCCAACCUCAUCAUCUCAGCCAUGGGGAGCGCCAUGUUUUGCGUUUGCCCUCCGGCCGAGAACUCUGCUGCGGGUAGCAAGCGGCUCUACGACGCGAUCUUCGCAGGGUGCGUGCCAGUGGUGAUUUCCUUCCCCACGGCCUGGGGCAGUGGCAUCAGCUGGUGGCGCACCGAUGGCGCGCCUCUGGAGUUCGCCAUGCCCUUCCCCUGGGAGAUCGACUGGCGACGACUGGCCGUGGAGGUCUCGGAAGAUGAGCUGCUGCGCGGGGAGCUAGGGGCGCGGCUCGCCAACUUCCCAAUGACCGAGUUCCUGGAGAAGCAGAGCUACCUCCUGAAGGUUCGACGGCUUCUGCUCUACGACAUGAACGGCGGCCAGCGGGACGCCUUCAGCGUGCUCAUGGAGGGCAUCCGAAAUGCCCUGCCGAGCCUCUACAGCAUGGGAGGCCAACCGAUAAUCUGCGAGACCAUCCCAUUGAGCCACGGAUGGCUAGGUCGUCAGCUCGACAAGAAGUGGUCCAGCAGCUUUGGGGAGCUCGCCUGCUCCGCCCAAAGCUUUUGGCGCCGCUCUUCUGCCUUUUGGACCUCGGCCCAGGCAAACACGAAGGUCACCAUCGAGCCCCUCCGGGUGUCUCAGUUCCAGCUCAAGAAGGUGGACGCUGGUUUGUACUUCUACCAAGCUACGAGCUACAUCGUAGAAGGCCAUUCCCAGCCAGGCUCGCUGGCGAUCUGCGAAAAUGCGGACUUCCCCGAGGCUCUCCAUGAAUCCGGCCCGCAAGGUCCCCGCAGCCUUCGGGACUCCACGGCUUGCCGCUAUGCCGCCGCCCUGGGGAUGGCCUCCUCGGCAGUGCAGUUGGUGAUGCCCCUCUGCAACUCGGAGCCGCUGGCCACCUCUCAGAGCCUGAACCUGGCCAUGCAGGAGUUUUUUCAGCAGCUGCCUGGGCAGCCGUCUGUGCAAGUCAUGGCGUAUGAUACCUGCACUGAAGAUUUGUCAGGAGGCGUUGCCAACCCGGCGACCGCAUCGCUGUUGGCGCAACACCUUCAUGCGGUGAAGCUGGCGCAGGAGCGAGGAGCCGCAUCUCCUGAAAUAUUCCUCCUCUUCGCUGGCGCGACUCCAUCAGAGGGCCUGCUGUCACACGAAGUCAUCGAUUCCUUGGUGAAGUACAGGACGGAGAUGGCGGAUGUGUUGGUGGUGUUUGAUGGCCUUCGUGAGCCCGGGUUGCUCUGCGAUCCCUUCACGGAGCUCUUCCACAAGCACUGCCCGGUGACAGAGGAGCUGGCCGCUUUCUCGCCUCUGGCAGUUGCCUUCAGCAGGGCCCUCCUGCGGCGAGUGGCGCUGGUGGACCUCGAGUUGGUGGCGUCGCAAGUCUUCACGCUACACGAGCAAGUGGACCUCGUCACCAUACUGAUGUACAAAGCGAUGCUGGCAGGUGGCACGAAAGGAUUGCACCUUGAGAGCUUCCGCCCCAGUUCCGAACGGGACACGUGCGUCGACGCCUGGACGCGCGGUGAGUUCUGGCACCACAGCGGCUUUCCGCUGUGCGUGGGCAACUCGAUCUUAGAGUGGCAGGCCAGCUCCUGCGAAGCCUUGGGCGGGGAGUUCAGCAUCGUGGAGACAGGCCUACCUUUCUGCCUGGACAGCGCCUUCUCGGAGUGGUCGGCGCCAGAGGACCCCAUCGCCUAUCGGAGGGUCUGGACCUUGAAGACGGCCUUAGGAACGCUUCAAGACUCAGACUGGCGGUACCUGGAGGUCUUCGGCAUUUGCCACCCUCCGGCGCCGAGUUGCCUCGACUCCGACCUGGCCGACCUGGGCUGGCACUACUUCGCGGAGUACAUCAUGAAUGCUGGCCACCACGGCACGGGCGCUCGGAAGUUCCCCCCGGUUCCGCCGAACGCUCGGCUGCGCCAGAAGCUGCGGCCCCCCUUGGAGAAACAGGACCUGUUUGAGCAGUGGCUCCUGGAUCAUCCGGACUACGCAAAGGGCAUCUCGAGCGAGUGGUGCGGCCAGAAGAUCGUGGAACAACAGCUCGGUCACCUCAGCGAGGAAAAAUGA